AUGGCGGCGCGCUUCCUUCUCCCACACAACGCUGGCGCGCUGGAGAAUACGGGCCCGUACCUGCCGUCGAAGUCUGCGACUCUCCCGCGCGCCUACGUCGACUGCGGAGCCCGACCCCGGACUCGGAAACUCUGGCGCGCCGAGGUAUCUUCGACGGGAAUCCGGCGCGCGGCGCCCCUUUGCUCGGCGGCGGCGGCGAAGAGAGGAGAGUACGACGUCGUUAUAGUUGGCGCGGGGAUCAUCGGCCUGACAGUGGCCAGACAAUUUCUAAUCGGAUCUGACCUGUCAGUAGCAGUCGUCGACGCCCGCGUGCCGUGCUCUGGUGCCACUGGCGCUGGUAAGGUUUCUGGGAGAAGAUAUCCUCUGAGUCCUUACUAAUUUCUGUUCUUGAUCUGAGCACACUCCUGCGAGAUCGGUUCCGGGCAAUCUGACGUCUCUGUCGCUUCCCGCUGCUCACUGGAGCUUCUAUGCUUUACUUGUGAAUUGUUCAGGGCAAGGUUACAUCUGGAUGGCGAAUAAAACGCCGGGCAGUGAUACGUGGGAGCUCGCUUGCAGGGGAAAGCAGUUGUGGGAGGAUCUGGCUGAGAGCAUACGACGCCAGGGCAUGGAUCCUCUACGAGUUCUCGGUUGGAUGAAAACAGGUAUUCGUUGAUGCCAGUAAACAAUGAAUUCGUCGAUGUAGGAUGCCUGCAGACUCCCACUGUUUCUACUUGGGGCUAGAUUCCAUGCUAUGCUUGAUCUAUAAUCCAUUCUAGUGAACCAUACAUCGUCUCAGUUUUGAGUCAUUCUCUAAGUCGGAUUCUGCAUCUGGUUGUCUACGCUCUGAAGCUGCUAUUCGUUUGCCGCCUGCAAUCUGUACCUUUCUUCUUUAAAUCCCGUCUAUAUUUACAGUGACUUCUCCAAUUCAGGAUAAAGAUUCUCUGUUUAUAUUCUUAUUAAUAGGAAGCUUAUUGAUUGGUAGAACUUCGGGGGAGCUGUCCAUGUUGCAAAAAAGGGUCAAGAUGCUCAAUGAAGCUGGUUUGAAAGCAGAGUACUUGUCAGCAUCUGCCCUAGCUUCGAGAGAACCAUCACUGGAUAUUGGACCCCAGACUGGAGCUGCAUUUCUACCAGAUGACUGCCAGUUGGAUGCCUUGCGGGCCGUUUCAUUCAUUGAACAGGUAACACUCAUUAAAAUCAGCAUUUUCUUCCUGUGGAUUGUACAAGCUGAGACCUAUUAAACUGAUGGGUGUGUUGGUCGGAUGGUUUUUAUAUUUCUCUUAUCCGUCCGUCGAAAACAUGUAGGGAAACAGGUCUUUUGUACCAGAAGGAAGAUACGCUGAAUUUUUUAAUGAUCCUGCUGUUUGCUUGGUAAGGUAUGCAGCGGGAACCUGAGAAUGAGAAUUUUUCCUUUUAUUCAGAAUCCAAGUCUCUGCCUUUCGCUGACGGAUCUUGCCGUUGCUUCAUGAUUAGAUCUACAGAGAAUGGAGAGGUUGAAGCCGUUCAAACUUCCCAGAAUAUUUUGUGUGGUAGAAGGGCCGUGGUGAUUGCAACAGGUGCAUGGAGUGGGUUCCUAGAUAGAACCUUCAUGAACACUGAAGCUACGCUGGAUGUCCCUGUGGAACCUCGGAAGGUAUGAACCCGCCAUUAGUUUCGAUUUACCAUGGAAUUCCGUUGACGAAUACGUUGUUCAAUCUUCAUAUUUCGGGAAUAAAUCAAGAUGGGUGAGAUUUUGUUCUCGAUUUCGGGCAUGGUUAGCUGGUUCUUUGUAAUAUUACAGUGUUAUGAACUGGGCGAAUAAUUUGGAGUAUAGCAUCUCAUUAGGAUGAGAAUUUGAGUUGCUGGAGGAAGAAAAUAGACUGACAAUCCUCCGAAGUUGCAUUGAACUCAACAUGAAGUCCUAGUUCCAUUGAUAUAGGAUCUUUGGGUAUCUGCCAAACUUCUCUGCCACUACUGUGGCUGCUGUAUUUAUUUUUCCCAUGGAUUGAACCUGAUAUUUUCAAAGGCAUUCAAUUAUUUUAAAUAUGAAAUUAAUAGACUCAUCUGCAACUUUAUUUACAUUUUCUAAUCGGAGAAUGAUGUUGCUAUCUGAAUUUUUGCCCUUUAUUCAUCAUUAGGGUCAUCUGCUUUUACUGGAGAAUCUAGAUGGCGUCAGGCUAAACCACGGUCUAAUGGAGGUUGGAUACGUAGAUCAUCAAGUUUCUAGCCGGCUUCCAGAUUCAUCUUCCUCGAGGGCCACUGCCGUAGAACAUAAUUUCUCCUCCAUAUCAUUCACUGCCACGACUGAUCACAUGGGAAACCUUCUUCUUGGUAAGAUUAUAAAUUUAUUUCGUACUCCACUGACUCUCACAUCUCACAGUAAAGCACAUAGAUGCUACUGACCGCCGAUCAUGGCUGCUAUGCACUGAACUCCAGCCACUGAAAAUCUGAUCAAUUAUUCGUGCAUAUUUUUCAUCAGAUCGGAGAUUAAUUCCAUAUAUAAUCGAGGGAAAAAAAAAUUUAAUCUCCUGGAAGAAAUCAGAACUUGGGUAUGAUCUGCACAUUUGUGGGAUGUUCAUGCUUUUAUGUUAUCCGCUCAGGGAGCAGCCGGCAGUUCUCUGGGUUCGACGUGGAGGUAGAUGACGCCAUCAUCAAGCGUAUAUGGGAGCGGGCUGGGGAAUUCCUCCCUACACUUCGAGAAAUCCCCCUCAAUUUCUCCACUGAGAAGCAAAUAAGGAUCGGCCUCCGCCCCUACGGCACGUCUUCUAUCCAGAUAGCAUAUUAUCUUUCUGCGCAUGAAGCCACAUUGAAUAACAUGUAUGCCAUUAUUUUUCGUGGUUCCAGUGCCUGACGGGAAGCCGAUCAUCGGGCCUAUUCCCGGCAUUCCGAAGGCUCUGUUUGCCACCGGGCACGAAGGUGGCGGGCUCUGCAUGGUAACCGCUCUAUUCUAAUCUCCAUGUCUUCCAAGAUGACGAGCUUCUGGGUCUUGUUUUCUUGAUUUGUUCGUUCCAAUGAAGGAUACGGAUGAUCUGUAGACGGGCACGAGUUAUUUUCGAGGCUCUGAUUAAUUGGGUCGUCAUAUCUUCCGCAGGCGUUGUCGACUGCGGAGAUGGUUGUUGAUAUGGUCCUUGGGAACGGAGGGAAGAUAGAUCACAGCCCUUUCUCUGUUCGAGGGAGAUGCUGCGUGUAG